GCUGGCAACUCGCCGUGUGUUUGUUUGGAAGUAUGUGAAAAGGCCACUAGCACACGUCUUGCCGGAGCCCAAUUUCGGCGAUUCUUCAGAGUCGUCCUUCGUCCCCCAAAAACGCAAUUUUUAUAAUUAGAAUCUUUUGGUUAUUCAAAUCGAAUCUGAAUUUUAGAAAAAAGAUAUUGAGAGUAGCAGUUUGUCGUGGUGACCACUACCUAAUCAUAACCCACCUGUUGUUUUAUACAAGGAAAAAAGGGGGGGGGGCAUUGGAUCCAUCAUCAUCCUCCUCCUCUGUCUCCAUGCAUUGACUUUUUUUUUUUGAUUUCUCUCCUCUCUGUUCCAUUUCCUCCUUCCAAAUUUCUUCAAAUGGAGAUGCGGUGGGGUUUGAUCACGGUGGUGAUUGUGGCUGUGGCUGUGGGUUUAGGGUCGGCGGAUGAAUGGGGUCAAAGGGCACCGUAUCGGAUCCACACGCUGUUCUCGGUGGAGUGCCAGAACUACUUCGAUUGGCAGACGGUUGGUCUGAUGCACAGCUUCAAGAAAUCCCGACAGCCCGGUCCGAUUACCCGGUUAUUGAGCUGUACCGAAGAGGAGAUGAAGAAUUACAGAGGCAUGGAUCUCGCUCCCACUUUCCGCGUCCCCUCUUGGAGCAGACACCCCAAGACCGGUGACUGGUACCCAGCAAUUAACAAACCCGUAGGAGUUCUUCACUGGCUUCAACACAGUGAAGAUGCCAAGAAUGUGGAUUGGGUCGUUAUUCUUGAUGCUGACCAGAUCAUUAGAGGUCCUAUCAUCCCUUGGGAACUUGGUGCUGAAAGGGGUAGACCCUUUGCUGCCCACUACGGCUACUUGGUUGGCUGCGAUAACAUGCUUGUCCGAUUGCACACUAAUCAUCCUGAGCUCUGUGACAAAGUUGGCGGUCUUCUCGCUAUGCACAUCGAUGAUCUUCGCGUCCUGGCCCCUCUUUGGCUUUCCAAGACUGAAGAUGUUCGCCAAGACACUGCUCACUGGUCCACCAACCUUACCGGUGAUGUUUACGGCAAAGGUUGGAUCAGUGAGAUGUAUGGUUACUCCUUCGGUGCUGCUGAAGCUGGACUAAAGCACAAGAUAAACGACGACUUGAUGAUAUAUCCAGGGUAUGUUCCACGAGAAGGUGUUGAGCCUAUUCUGAUGCACUACGGUUUGCCUUUUUCCAUCGGUAACUGGUCUUUCACUAAACUUGACCACCACGAAGACAACAUUGUCUAUGACUGCAACCGUCUCUUCCCCGAGCCUCCAUACCCAAGAGAGGUGAAAAUGAUGGAACCUGAUCAGUACAAGCGAAGAGGUCUACUCUUGAGUCUAGAAUGCAUGAAUACAUUGAACGAGGGACUCAUACUGCGCCACGCUGAAAACGGGUGUCCCAAGCCAAAGUGGUCCAAAUACUUGAGCUUUCUCAAGAGCAAAACUUUCAUGGAGUUAACAAAGCCUAAGCUGCUUGCACCAGGAAGUGUACAUAUCUUGCCAGACCAACACCAACACCAGCCGCCACCCGUCGAUGAAUUCAAAGGACCUUAUCCAAAGAUCCACACACUGUUCUCCACCGAGUGCACAACUUAUUUCGACUGGCAAACAGUUGGGUUCAUGCACAGUUUCAGGUUGAGUGGUCAGCCCGGGAACAUCACUCGGCUUCUCAGUUGCACAGAUGAAGAUCUGAAAAAGUAUAAAGGUCAUGACUUGGCCCCCACGCAUAAUGUUCCUUCCAUGAGCAGACAUCCUCUCACAGGGGAUUGGUACCCGGCAAUUAACAAACCGGCGGCGGUCGUUCAUUGGCUUCACCACACGAAUAUAGAUGCAGAAUACAUAGUAAUUCUUGAUGCUGACAUGAUCCUCAGAGGACCCAUCACUCCUUGGGAGUAUAAGGCAGCUCGAGGACGUCCAGUUUCUACUCCUUACGACUAUCUUAUUGGGUGUGACAACGAUCUUGCAAAACUUCACACGCGUAACCCCGAGGCAUGUGAUAAAGUUGGUGGAGUCAUAAUAAUGCACAUAGAUGACCUCAGGAAAUUCGCAAUGUACUGGUUGCUGAAAACGCAGGAGGUUCGAGCAGACAGAGAACAUUACGCCAAGGAGUUAACCGGGGAUAUAUAUGAGUCCGGUUGGAUCAGCGAAAUGUACGGUUAUUCCUUCGGUGCUGCUGAGCUGAAUUUGAGGCAUAUCAUAAACAAGGAGAUAUUGAUAUACCCUGGUUACGUCCCUGAACCGGGUGUUGACUAUCGAGUUUUCCAUUACGGUCUUGAGUUCAAAGUAGGGAACUGGAGCUUCGACAAGGCGAAUUGGAGGAACACCGAUCUCAUCAACAAGUGCUGGGCCAAGUUCCCGGACCCGCCUACUCCUUCAGAGGUUCAUGAAACGGACAAUGAUCGACGGCAAAGAGACCUUCUCAGUAUUGAAUGUGGACAGAAGCUAAACGAAGCUCUGUUGCUGCAUCACAAGAGAAGGAAUUGCCCUGAACCUGGAUCUGAGUCUGAGUCGAAGGAGAGUAUCUCCUCGGGUUCGAGAAAAGUGGGAAAGUUGGAAGCGAAACAAGCCAAAGGAAGCGAUGAGACGACGGAAGAAACGACGUCAGAAGGGAGAUUCAGCAGGUUGAAGAUGUGGGUGAUCGCUGUGUGGGUGAUAUCUGGAGUAGGGUUCAUGGUAGUGAUGCUAUUGGUGUGCUCCACUCGUAAAGUCAGGGCAAGAGGGAAAGGUUACAGAAACAAGAGACGAACUACUUCUUCCUACUCCAAGCCGGGUUUCGAAUGAUCAGGCGGGCUCAUUUUGGCUUGAAAGUCUUUGAGCAUUGUAUUUGUAGAGAUACAAAUUAAACCCAAAAAGGAUAUUAUUCCCCACAAAGUCAUAUAUAGAGUUUAUUUGUAUUCUUAAGGAUUUGUUCUUUGUUUUUAAGAAUUCUAAAUUGGCAUUUUGUUCUCAA